CUCAACUCUCGCUCGUUGUGCGGGAAAAAAAAAGAAAAAUUUGGGAGGCAGGCAUUCAUUGCAAGAGUGGAUUUGGCUAGCUACGAUCUCUCUCCCCAAACCUCCCCUUCCCUCUUUCUCCCCUCUCCAUUCCUUGUACUCAGCUUUGCCUCUUUUUGGCACUAAGUCGUUGAAUUCGAACCCCAGAUCGGGGCAUAGCUUAUCGGAUUUUUAAUUCGACUAUCUGACAUAUCUCUUGUACACCGUCCAGGUCUCGUGAGCGCCGCGACGCAAAGCAGACAUACAUUCCUUGGAUUCCGCCGACAGUAUUCCAUUCGUCAAGGGAUCGUUCCUCGAGCUCGUGCCCCCAAGCCCACAUUCCAUACCCACGUCAAGACUUGCAGAACCUUCCGACAUUCGUCGAUCACCUUCAUCAGACAUAGAGUUCCACAGCUCAGACUGACAACUGAGACUAUCGCACGAUAAAACAGCUUGAUCGGGUUGCGGGACCAACCAGCACUCACUGACAUAGUGCGCAAAGAAGCGCUCUUCGAACACUCCUUCUCGGGGUCCCGAGAAGAGAGUCAUACAGACUACGGUGUGAAGCAAUCAAGUGGUAUAAGCCUGGCUGAGACUUGACCGGUUAACAUGGCGUCCGACUUUAAGACUAAGAUGGCCCGUUUCAUUCCCAUGAUCGGUUACCAUCAUGUGCUUAUGAUAAUUAUUGCAGUUACCAUUAUUCUUCUCUCCCUCUUAUUGGCCGGAUGCUCGUCGUCCUCCCCACAAAUGCCCAGCAUAUUCUUGAUCUCUCUCUAUUACCAACGCUACGAUCCCGUCUUUAACCUUGCGCAAGUGGACCCCGGCGUCGUGCAAGCAACAGCGAACAUCGUUGGAGGAGCGGAGAUGGAAGUCCGUGUAGGGUACUUCGGAAUCUGCGUAUCGCCAUCAGGAGGUGCCUACAUAUGCAAUUCGAAUGCCACAGCUCUGGCUGAGGUUGUUACUGUUGACCAAGAUCCGCUGAACCUGAUUUGGGUAGCAUCGACGUUUAAGGAUGCAGUGGUGUUCCCAUAUCUCCUAAUCGUUGCCGUGAUCCUUGCAUUUUUCUGCUUCAUCCUUCUGGCGACUUUCCCUGGAUGGCACGAAGAGAUAGACUCGGAAGGCUCUGAGCGUGAGGUGAAGCCAUUCCCUUCACGACCCGUAUCUCAGGCAGCAUUGGCUUUAAUUUUCGUGGCAUCUGUUUUUGUGCUGGUUUCGGUACUAUGGCAGCACACGGCAUCCGUCGCGGCGAGCACCAUUGCCCAAGACAUGGGCAAUGGGAGUGUCAAGAGUGGGGUUGGAAGCUCCGCGAUGGUUCUCGGAUGGUUUGGAUUUGGCCUGAUGGUGGUGACAACGAUAGGCUUGUUGGUGAUGAUUCUCAGCAUCAAGCUGAUACGGCAGUUGACGGACGAAGAAUAAUCUACGAGAUAUGGGAAGGGCACACUCGGUCUCAGCUUUUGUUUCUUUUUGCCUCUUCAUUUCCUUUAUUUUCGACCUCAUACAUGACGGGCUUCCCGACGGCACGAACGACACACGACUAAUACGACAUUGAAUUCUGAAAUCACGAUGAUAAUGAACAAAACCAAUCAACGCCCCUAUCACACCACUUACGAGACAGUUCCCCCUGCUGAUCGAUCUACCUGUACAUUCGCCCUGUUUGCACUUUGUCCAUUGAUGGUUUACGUCAUGUAUAAAAGACGGUUUUCUUUUUAGUUAUUGAAUUGGGAUGGGAUGGUUGCGAUGGGACCCUGGGAUUUGGAUUUUAUUUUAUUUUAUUUUAUUUUUUUACGUGGAAUACCUUAUUUGGAUUUGUCAAUGAUUGACCGAUGGAUUUGAACGCCUUUUUGUUUUCUAUGGUCAAUAAUACACCAGCUCGCAUAUAGAUUGGCUGCUGCUACCGAC